CCUGUCGAGUGGUGUAAACAUUUCCAGAUUCUACUUCUUGGACGGACAAACUGUGAAACUGACGACAACAUGAGCCUGCCGGACUACAAGUCACCCGGAAAACAGUGCGCGGCCGCAGCCCCACACUCUGCUGUUGUGCAGUUAAAUGUUGGUGGUCACCUGUUCAGCACUUCUCUGAGCACACUGAGGAAGCAACCCAACUCCAAACUGGCAGAACUGUUUAGCAGAGAGCGCAAACUGACCACUGACCCACAGGGGCGCUAUUUCAUCGACCGCAACGGUUCUCAUUUUGGAGCUGUCCUUGAGUUUCUGAGGUCAGAGCAGCUGCCUACAGAGAACAUCCAUGAGAUUCACAGGGAGGCAGUUUUCUACAACAUCAAACCUCUCAUCAAACAUCUGGAGGAAACUCCUCAGAUAUUUGGAGAGCUGGUGGGAAGACAACAGUUUCUCUCCAGAGUCCCCCACUACAAAGAAAACAUUGAGGUGCUGAUUCGCAUUGCCAGAGCCGAGGCCAUCGCCACCCGUCACUCCACCAUCAUGAUCUGUGUUCUGCAGACGGAGGAGGAUUUAGCUUCAUACGAAGACGCCAUCAACAGCCUGAAGGCUGAUAAGGAGUCGGUGGUGACGUUCGGUCCCUGGAAGGGUGUCGUCUCUGUUAAAGACUUGCUGGACUGUGUAAAGAUGGACAUUGGGAGUCAGGGCUACGAGGUGAGCGUCCAGCCUCACAUCAUGGAGAAGAGCUUUCUGUCCAAGAGCUACGACUACUUCUAUAAAGUAAUAUUCACCUGGUGGUGAUGAGACUGAGCUGCUGUCUAGAGUGGGAGCUGUGCAUUAUGAAGAACACAAAUUGCCACAUUUAGUAAGAAAGAGUGUGUUUGCCAUUAAGUGUAAAAAAACAU